AUGAAGUCGGCAGUGCAGGUGAUUGUCAACUUCACGUCAUCUACCCGUGCUGCUAUCACUGCCUUAGAUAUGCACGUCAUUCCAGUGGCCUUUCGCUCCACUUGGCCCCUUCCCCCUCCUCCACCUGCCCAUACACCCUCUACUCCUUCCCAUCUCAUGGCAAAACUGAUAGUUUACCGAAAGACACUAAACGCUCUGGCUUAUCCGAUUUCAGAGAAUACACCGCAUAACUUCGAGGUGUUCAACUCGACCAGUCCGACCUACAGCUAUGAGUGUGAGGCAGAGUGGCAAGACAAUUUUCAAGCGGUUUCCAACAUCUUUGUCAUCGACCCGGUCGAGGGCCCGGCACGAGUGGAGCACUUGGUGGAAGUGGAGCGGAGCAUUGUCUUCGGCACCAGUCAGUGGUUCGCCAAACUUGCCAUCACCGUGAAGUCCGCUCAAGGUCUGAUCGGAAAGGAUAAAAGUGGUCGCAGUGAUCCCUUCGCGACAGUGCCUCAGGAGCUCAAGCACACGUAG